AUGGCGGUCAGACUAGGUCGUGAUUGCACGGACAAAGUCAUCAUCAAUGGCGUCGACCUUGUCAACCAGGACGAGUUGAGCAACAACCAGCUGCGCGAGUUGAACAGGUAUAUCGAAGAGAAUGCGCAUCUUUUGAAAAUUAUGGAUCGACCCCCGGAGGAACCCCGGGAUCGCUUCACAAAAUCCCCAACUCCAAGCCGUUACGGCACGAUCCGGAAUCGUAUCGGGUAUCCGGUCGAUGUGGAGGAUGGCUAUCAAACUUUGAGCCAGAAGUUUGGCCUCCCCAAUCGCGACAAGGAGGUCGACUACGAGCGUACAGAAACGUACCACCGGGCGCCGAAACUUGACUUUGACAUGGACCAGUGGAACCGUACCUACGGCAAACAGAGCGAUCUGAACUUGAGCAUCGAGAAUUUGCAUGUUGGAGCGCCGCCCGGAGGCUGGGAAGCCCUCUCCAGCGGACGUCCAUCUCCUUACAGCACCCUGGAUCGGAAGGGUUCGAUCAGGAGGAGCGUGGGUCCUUCUGAAAAGCGAGUGACCAUCGACCCGAACUACCGAGCUUCAUCGGUGGAUCGUCCAUCUGCUGGUGCGGCUCAGAGCUACGGACUGGGUGGUGAUCACGCUCAGUCUCGCCAGGUUCACAGCGCCUACACCACUCAAUCGUUGAAUCGCAACGGCCAGAACAACUUCAACACCAGCGCCACGCCGUUCGACCCGAAUCGUGUCGCCCGAGAGGGUAUUACAGGCCGUGACGCAAGCGCCUACUCCAGCGUGGUCAGCGGCCUCAACGAGCCGCCAGUCACGCGCACCGCUUCCAGCUACCGUACCUCUACACAGGGCUCUGGGGCCCUGCCACCAAGGCCGACUAGCCGAACAUCGACCAUUGAUAAUCGAAGCUCAGGCGCUUAUGAUCAACGUCAUUCAGGAGCAUAUGAGCAACGCCAUUCUGGAACCUAUGACAGGGUCCAUGAGCCUUCCCCCGGAUACAACACGAUGAGGAGCACGACCUCUCACACUUCUGGCCCUACUACCGGCUAUGGCUCAGGCUACAGUACGACCAAAACCAUCCACACUACUGCUCCAUCGAAGCCCCGUGAGGCUAUUGAUCCGGACCAGAUUUUUAAUCCCCGGAAUGAGUCGAACAUCUUCACCGGGAUGCACUAUGAGAAAGGCCCCAAAGACGUGACCACCAUUUCCUCAACCGUCCACCUGACGCCGGGCGAGGAUCCGCAGAAGCGCAUCGACGAGAUUUAUCGAUCAAUGCAGUCGCUGCAC